UAAUCCUUCCAUGGAGAAAAAACCCACCUCAGAUAUUCAACUGCUUCCUCCUGGUUUUAGAUUCCACCCCUCUGAUGAGGAGCUCAUCGUUCAUUAUUUGAAAAACAAAGUCACUUCAACUCCCCUUCCAGCUUCCAUCAUCGCUGAAAUCAAUUUAUAUAAAUAUAACCCAUGGGAUCUUCCAAAGAAAGCGUUGUUUGGAGAGGAUGAAUGGUAUUUUUUCACCCCAAGAGAUAGAAAAUACCCUAAUGGAGCACGGCCUAAUAGAGCUUCAGCUUCAGGUUAUUGGAAGGCUACAGGGACUGAUAAACCGAUUCUUACUUCCUGUGGAACUAAAAGUAUUGGAGUCAAGAAAGCUCUUGUGUUUUACAAAGGUCGCCCUCCGAAAGGAUUCAAGACAGACUGGAUCAUGCAUGAAUAUCGAUUACUCGAUACCAUGGCUUGGACCCCAAAGCGGAAAGGCUCUAUGAGGUUGGAUGAUUGGGUGCUGUGUCGAGUGAGGCAAAAGAUCUGCAGCAACCCAAGGAACAACUGGGAGGAUAUAAAAGAUCCUGUAUGUGAUCAAGAAACUAGCUUUCUCCCAAAAGUGAAUGAGCUCUGGCCGAUGAGUGCAAACCCCAAAAUGGAGAUGGUGAAAAGUUAUCUGUUCAACGAUUGCCCGAUGUUACCUUACAUCUUUGCCUCUCAAGAUAGUUUUCCUUCCAUAGAUAGUACUACAGCCUCAAGCAUAAGCUUUCAAGAAAGUGAGAACAUCCCAUUUUCAGUUUCUUCUUUCGACAACUUGUUCAACCCGCUGAAAAGAAAGCUCAGCACGGAGAGAACUGAGCGAGAGGAUGAUUUUCCACAGAGUAAGAAAAUGGCGAAUCCGAGAGAUGUUGAAAAGGAGGAAAAUAUAAUAUCUGUAAGUAACGAUAGCAUUACUGAGAUGAACAUCAAUGAAACAGACCAGUCAGAGGGUGACAAUAAUUUCAGCCAAUAUCAGUGGAACUCCAUUAUGCAAUUUCAAGAUCAGCUUAAUAACACGCGUGGCCUUCACUGAAAGUGACCAUACAAAUUAAUGUGUAUACGGAUGCUAGGGUUUAUUCAUCUGGGAGUGGAAAAAGUAUAUAUGUAGAUAAAGAAAUUAUUAGCUUAGAAAAUAUUCUUAUAUUACAGUAUAAAGUGUGGAAAUUUCUGGAUGGAAACCGAUACAUAUAUAAAGAUAGGGUGAACUCAUCAAGAAGAUUAUAGGUGUGCUUGUACAUAGAGUGUUUGCGAGGUUUGUGAUAUAAGACAGAUUUUCCUAAAAUUAGGAUCUAGAGUGUUUGCGAGGUUUGUGAUAUAAGACAGAUUUUCCUAAAAUUAGAAUCCUAAUUAUUUUAGGAAAAUCUGUCCUACAUCAGUUUGACAUCGAUGAUUAUGAUUAUUAUUUGUAAGAGUGGCUGAUAUUUUUGUGUUUAUUAGUUGAAUAAAAUAUGU